AUGUCGGACAAGCCGGCACAGACAGGUGUCCGCAGCCUGUUGGCCAAAUUCGAAAGCAACAUCUCGGAAUCUCCCCCUUCCCGUGGCCGCUCGCCAAUUGGUGCGGAUGGCUCGGGCACCCGUCCACUUUCGAAGGUGCGCGCAAGUUUUAUUCCUGUCGAGCGCAACGGCAGUGCGGGAUCACCGCUUGGGUGGCUAAGGAAGACAGACACUGGCGAUUCUCCUGUGAAUACAAAACCUACUGGCAUCCACGAGUUCGGAGGGCUGAUUGACCGUGCUUCGCCCUUAACUGCCACUGUGCCAGCUCACACGUUGCCCAGCAAACAGGCGGCGUCGACGCCCGAUAAAGAUCGCCCUGCCGAUUCAACGACCACGGUAACCGACGCCCCAAACGAGGUCUUACAAGGACUGGGCGCUAUUUUGAAAGGCUCGCCAUUUGAAGACUCGAAGCCCCCGACUCCGGUUCCAAUGAACGGUUCUCCUCCGCGGACACUGGGUUCGGUUGUACCUGAACCAAAGAAAGUCAUGGUGCCGGAAACCAAGAAAAGCCCUCCUCCCAAAGAAAACAUACCACCAAAGAAACCUGCUGUAUCGCAGCCCAAGGUCGCCUCCUCUCGGCCAGCCAAUAUCAUGAUUGCAAAAGACCUCAAUCGCACCGCUAAUGACUCCACUUUGAGGAGCCCAAGAACACCAGCUCCACAGACCCCGAAACUACCAAUGACUCCUGACUCACAGCUUAGAUCUGGUCAUGCCAAUAGCCCUGCCGUUGCCAGAGGCUUGCAUAUGUCCAGUGCUCGAGUUAAUAGCCCCAAACGAUCAGCCCGAUCAGCCCUAAGCCCUGCGGCUCAAACAAGACAUGCUGCCCCUGCUCGAGAAAACGGGUCCAGGCCUGGGUCGAAGAACACUUCUCCUGACCAACACAAAUCCCGCCCAAAGUCUCCAACACGCCCUAUCCGGCUACCGACUUCAAUGACAGCACCAACUACAUCGUCGGCUGCGAAGACCAGCAAUCCGUCAUCGCGCCCAUCUAGUCGAAAUGACGCAAACGCAACCAAGCCAGCCCGCAAGGCCUCAUCAUUACGACCGGACCGAGGCGCAGCGGGGCCUAAGCCAACCGGGCCAGCAAAGGCCGUGCAUCAACAGCCAUCUCGCGCCUCGCUGGCACCGCAAUCUAGUACGGCGCAUGAUAGACCCAAAUCCCGGACAAGUAAUGUCAAUGCACGUGCGCCGGAUGAUUCUUUCCUGGCAAGAAUGAUGAGGCCGACUGCCAGCUCAGCAAGCAAGGUGCAUGAUAAGGUCGAAACUCGUAGCCCACCAAGAGCAAAGAAAACAUCCCGGCCGCCGCGGAAAUCAACAGAACAAGACAUUGUCGACCUAGAUCACCCGCCAAAAGCGAAGUCUUCUGAAGCCGAGAUCCCGAUCACACAAGAUACUUCUGUAGAAGAAACACCAAAGGAGGAGCCACAUCCUAUCCAGGAACCGGAAGUCGAGGAGAAGAAUGUUGAGCCUCUUCCAACUCAAACGCCCGUGCUACCUAUAGAAGAAGAAAAAGAAGAAGUACUGAAGGCCCAAGAACCGGAAAAUCAAACGGACACCACGGAACCUCAGGAACCUCCCAUGGAGGUGCCACAGGAACUUAAACCGGCGGAAAACCAAGCUAUUGUCGAUAAGCCUGACGAGCCUGCUAAGCCUCAAGAGCUCAAGCCUGCUGCUGUUGAAGAAGCUGAGGUCCAAGAGCCGAAAGUUGUCGAAGCUUAG